CCCGGGCUAGGCCGGGCACCAAACAAGGGCCUAUGCCCGUGUUGGCACCGCCCGCUGAGCGCAGCCAGGACACACGCGUCGGAGCCCCAGCAUGGCGCGAGGUGGCACUGGCCAUGACGAGGAAGGCGCACCAUCUGACCGACCGCUGCGGGCAGGAGGCGGUGACCAUGUGGCAACCCAAGGACAGUGUGCGGGACCCCAACGUGGCGCACCACCUCUGCCGCGCCGCCUACAUCCAGCCCUGGCGCUUCCGCGUGGAGAUGCUCAAAGGGGGCAGCACCGUGGAGAAGCCGCCGCCUGGCGAGGGCGUCACCCUGUGGAAGAGCAAGAUGAAGCCGCCCGCCUGGCACGCCCGCCUGCCGCUGCCCUUGCACCGCGACGCGCGCGCCCUGCAGACGGCCGAGGUGGUGAACGCGCACGCGCGCGGGGUGCGCCUCACCGCCGCCCGCCUCGGCCGCGCACAGCAGCAUAUCAAUGGGCAGGUGCGGCUCCUGCAGAGACAACGCGAGGCCACCAACCACCGGCUCAGCGAAGUGCGCAAGGGCCUGCUCAUCAACCAGCAGAGCGUCAAGCUGCGGGGCUACCGGCCCAAAUCUGAGAAGGUUCCUGACAAAGCUGACAGCAUGCUUACAUGGGAGAAAGAUGAGCUAAAGAACAUGAAGAGAAAAUUGGAAAAAGACAUGGAAAAUUCAGAGGUCCUGCUCAAGGCUCUGGUCUCCUGCCGCGACACCCUGGCCUUCUGCUGCAAGGAACGACUCCAAGCUGCGGAUCUUAUGAACCAGCCACUGGACAAGGUUCUGGAACAGGCCGGCCGCCAUUCGUGGGUGGACCUCUCCCGCGUUCCCACCCCGCGCACGCAGGGUCAGAAAACGCCGCCUCCAGACCCUGUGGGCACCUUUACCCCAGAGUGCGCCGCGGCGCUGAAUGAAGCCAAGCGGUUGUUGAUCGAGUCCAAAGACGCCUUGGUAGAAAUGGCAAAGAACGAGGCAGACAUCCGGGAGCAACAACUGCAGAUAAGCGACCGCGUGUGCGCCUCGCUGGCGCAGAAGAUGCGUGAGACCUUGGAGCUGAAGGAAAGAAUGAAUAUGACGCUAGGACUGAUGCGGGGAACGAUCCACCGGUGCACGAAAUUCAACCAAGAGAUGUACAUCACCCGCGGCCUCAUCAAGGGUCCUCUGUCGGAACGUCACCUGGAGACUGGAGAAAAGCUGGACAGACCCCUGGUUCGCAUGUACCAGAGACACGUGGGCACCCAGCUACCGGAGGCUGCGCGCCUCGCCCAGGGCACUGACAAGCUGCAGCGCCACAUCACACACAUGGAAAAGAACCUGGACGCGCUGCUCACCACGCACAAGAACCUCACCUGGGGCCUCAACUGCAAGACGGUCGGGCACGAUGUCGACUACGACGUGGUGCGCCUGCGCCUUCGCCAGCGACACCCGCACGUGUGCUACGAGCAGGCGCAACGCCUGGUCAGCGACUGGGACCCGCGCACGCCGCCGCAGCGCGGCGAAACCAGCGCCGCCCCCGAGGGACGAGAGCGCCCCCUGUCCCCGCCGGCUGGUCCCGCGCGGGCUGGUGUCGCGGAGUGCACGUCCCCGCCGACGGGACUCCUGCCUCCACAACUCACCGGCCCUCCAAAUGCUCUCUAGCAGAGCCAUCAUUAAAAAUAACAAUACUUA